AGGCCGAUGCUGUACGUUGGCUGGGAAUGAUCUGUUGAAGGUUAUAAAAAAAUCCUGUAAGGUUUCCAGGCAAUUACUUCCUUAUCUUAAUCAUUUGAAUAUUUACUCUUCACCGAACUGUUCACCCAGGAAGAGAUCGCUUCACAAACCCCAGCUUCAACGCUACACCUGGACUGCGAGAAAAUGUCUUCCUUCCUCAAACUGAUGAUGAAAAAGAAAGAGCUGAUCCCCCUGGUCAGUUUCCUGAGUCUCGCCACUGGAGGAGCACUCACCAUGUGUGUGUACAGCCUGAUGACAAAGUCUGAUGUCACAAUCAACAAGACAGGAAAUCCCACUCCAUGGGAGAACAUAGACACCCAUCAACCUCAGAAGUUGAUCACAAUAAACCAGGAUUGGAAACCAGUUGAGGAGGUGAAGAUUCUGAAAUCGAUGAUGAAGUAAAUCUUCGCGACAUCGAACCACAGAUAUUCCAGAACAGAGGGCGGAGGCGGAGGAGGAGGAGGAGGAGGAGGUCCCUGGUGUCUGUCCGGCCUGAGCACAACCUGCAAUCAAAUCUUUACUAUUCGAAUCAAAGCGCUAUUGUGCGUUGAGCUUUGCCACGAACAGCAUCAGAAGCCAAAGGGAAUCUGACCGCCCCCCCCCCCCC